UCUCGCUCCGCGAACUGGUUACCUAAGUUGUGAGCAAUCUUAUAUGCGCCUUCCAAGGAAGCAGAUCUGGGAUAUCAUAACCGUAGUGCGAAGCAGAAAUGAGAACAUCAAGCAUCUAUAUGACGACUGCACAAGAGGUAAAGGGUGAGAUCUCUCCUUUUCACUUUAAUUUCCAAUCUAUUUCUUUAAGAUCUCAUGUCCAUGUUCCCUUUUCUUCACACACGUAUUUCCUUAAUCUUUUUUUUUUUUUGGAACCAUCGGAGCUCGGAGCAAUCAAAUGACGGCUUUUAGAGCUCCUAGGUGGAUUAUGUCCCAUAUUUUUAGGAUUGUGUGGUUAGAUGAUCGUUCAUCUCUCCAUCUCCAAUCGAUUCAGUGUUUUUGUCUCUCUUCCCCGAAGCAUUUGUUUAAUUGAUUUGAAGGAGUUAGCAGCGAGUUCACUGUUAGAAAUUCGUUCAUCAAUUUGGGGAAAGGCCAACAAAAUCAGGGUACUGGACGUAUGUGAUCCAGUGUUUUGCUGUUGUUGGAGUUUUUCCGCUGGUGGGUUUCUUUGGACACAGGCGGAGUUGGAAGCCUCAAGGAGCAUAUUUGGGAGAUCUGGAGAGGAACCAGAGAAGAUUCAGACCUAGAAACUGUCUUUGAUUUCAGGUGAUUUAUUUCUCUUAUAUAAGUCUGUUUUUCUUUUUUGCAGUUCCAUUAAUCCUCCAAAUCCGUCGGUGCUACAUUUCAUUUCAUGAGUUUUCUUUCCCCUUAUGACCCAAAAGUCAGCAUGAUAGGGAAUUGGAGUUGUAACGAGAGUCGAUGAGUUCCUGGUGGUGUUUUUUCCUUCACCUGCAAAACAAUUAAGGCUGAGACCUUUGUAUCUCUAUCUAUCAUAAUUGAAUUGGUAAUUCGUUCAUUCAUUCAUACACUGUUCUAUUAGUUUUAGUGAAAAGGGUUCACCUGCCGGAAACUGUAGAUAAUGACCCAAUAAGGUAAUGCAUUGAGGGUGUCUUGGGGAACAGAUGACAAUCUGUCAAGUAGAGCUACGAAAACACACCAGCCAUGAGCUUCCCCUUUAAUGUUGUCUUUUCCUACUUUUUUUGUAAGUAAUCAUGAAUUCAUAUUCAUAUUUCACCUAUUGUAUUGUGUCAUUGUGGCUGCCUGCUUGCUGAGAUACCUACCCCUGAGCUAUUGAUCUUGCAGGGAUUAUAAGAAGUCAUUCACAAUUUUUCAUGACUUGAUUGAUAACCGACGGAGAAAUACCAACGCGGUGAAGGAGCAGGGAUAUUUUAGUAGCUUCCACGACUAAUGUGCACCAAUUCCCAGGUAUUUGUUCCUCCCUGCACGAGUUUUGAUUUUGGUUCUUUCACCUUCAUUCAUUGUCCACGUAAUUAUUUUCAAAGACUUAGUUAGGAAUAUGCAAUUACAAGCCUUUUGGUGUUAAUUAUUCCAACAGGAGAAUCCUUGAUUCUAAAAUUUUGCUCUAAAUAUGUACUUAAGUCGAAAUUAGAAAGAGAAUAUGCAUGACUGGUAGUGCUGCGAUUCGCUGUGGUAUUUUGAACAAAUGGUAGUGCGAGCACAUUUUGGUAAGGAAUCCCAAAAACACGAUCAUAGGAGUCAAACUUAUCUAGCGCAGAUUGUGUAUACUGUAUAGAUAAAACCUGCAGUUAUUUAUGUAAUGUAGAUAUGUUUGCUGAAUAGCUUUUUUUCUGCUCAAAUUUUCUCAAGUAAUGUGUGCUUGGCUUUAUAGUGAAGUUGUUGGUUAUAUGCUUUGCGCCGACACUAGACAUGAUAGUAUCAACCACUUUAAAGUUUGGAUGUGAAAUUGGGAUAAGAAAGGAGGAUAGAAUCCACAAUUUUGGGUCAUGCGUUAAUCGAAAUCUAUUGCUUACUAACUUGCAUGUGAUGUAUACAACUCCCAAGAUGUAAGAUUGGGUAAAGACCUGGUACCUGUUUGGUCAAAGGGACAAGUUUGUUAGGUAACCUGGUUUACGCUUUAAUAUCUUUUCUCUUUGUCCUUCUUGGUACUUGAAUGGAAUAUAGAACAAAUAAUAAACUGAGUUCUUUUUUCCAUGAUAUUUUUCUAGAACAUUUGGUCUGUUUUGGAACCAUGGGGAAUGUGUUUGUUUGGUAGCAAAACAUAGUUCUCAUAAGUUACCUGGCUAAUGCAAACAAUUGAGUUUGAGGAAGUUAUUAUAUGUUGCGUAUUGUGGUUUCAUUAUUUCACACAAUCUCACUUUUAUAGCUCAAAAGCUUUUUUCUUCAUAUGGAAAUUUGACCUCUACCUACUGGGUUGCUCUAUAUUCUUAUAGAGUUAGGGUAUUAAAUUUGAUUUGUUCUCUUUUGUUUAAUUGCAUAUAGUUUCAUUUUGCCUAUUGUGAGUUUUUGGAUUACGGUGUUUGUAAACGACUAUCGAUUUGUUGUAAGAUGUUAUGCCAUGAUUCCUAGGAAUUUAUGUGGCUGAUCAGUCGGUGGGUUUGUCAUAAACUCUAGUGCUAACAGAACUAUAUGCAUAUCGUUUCCUGCCUACUAUGCCAUGAUGAAUUAACUUUCAAACAUAUUCAAAUGAUAUGGCCGUUAUAAUUUAUAAAGAUGAUGUGUUGAUAUGGUAUUAUUGCUAAGCGAUAAUUCAGAUAAUUUAUAUUCAUGGUAUGUCGAUACAGUAUUAUUGUUGAACUUUUAGUUUACGUGAGAUGAUAAUAAUGAAAAGGAGGGCCACAUAUUAUAAAAAAGGAGGGUCAGUCUGUUAUAUACUUAAAUGUAUUACCAAUUGCUACCUAAUCAGUUGUAUAUAAUUAUCAUAUUUACCAAAGUCUCCUUCAUACACUUUCAACUCUCAAGAUCACUACAAACCUAGAAAAGCUUGGCCUUUCUCACUCCAUUUCAAUUUCAACUGCAGUUUUCUAUUUUGUGAAUGGAAAACUGAAUGGGUGGCAGUGGGAGUAUUAUGUGUAUUUUGAAACUCCACUGAUACAUGCUGAAAGAGUCUAGGCUACCGCUGGUUUGGUUCAUGUGAUUAGAACUUGAGUUUGAUAGUGAUCUUGAAGUAAUGAUUUUGCUCACGGGGAAGAUGUGCGGAACAGACUAGAAAUGCUGGUUUGUGGAUCAACUUAUCUGGGUUUUGGUUUGAUGGUUUUAAGGCUCUACAUUACACACAGGACUAGGAGUGACGACCUGAUGAAGGAAUCGACAAAGGUAGAGGUAGUUAGAGAUGCGAGCCGGGACAUGAUAAUGUAGAGAUUUUCUUGCAUGAUUUUAAACAGAUCAAACUCGAAGCGGAAGGUCGGCCAUUGAUGCGCCCUGCUUACAGCAGUAUGAAGGAGAGAGGAUGCUGAUAUCAUGGUGAAUUAGAGAUCGUGCAGACCAACAACAAACAACUAAGGUGCUGCAUCACUUGGGAAUAAGAACCAGAGAUGUAACACGGACUCAAGGGGAUUGGAAACCGAAAUGAAGCUUUGUCCAUCUGGAUAAGCAUGGUACUGAUUACAGGCAUAUACAUGUACUAUGUCAACAGAUUGUCCAUGAAAGCCGUAUAGAAACAAGGUUGUAUACAGAUGAUUGAGCAAGAGAAUUUUCUGCAGGUGCUUCAUUUAAAUGUCUGAAAAGGGCAACUAUUUUGGUCCAUAAAGAAGGGAGCUUGUAGUAUGUAUGAUCAUAUAAUCAUAAUCUUUCUUAUUUCCAUCGAGCUACUGUUUUGGCCCCAACUUAAAGGGUGUCUUUAGUUUGUAAUUAAAGCCUUCAACAUAUAUGAUUGAAUAAAUGUCACCAUUUUCAGAAAAUUAAAAGUGCUUCUAGCACUUCCUACUCCAUCAAUCUCUUAGGCAGUCAGGAUUGUGCUUAAUUCUUUGAAAUUUCCCUUAUUCUUUUUUACCAUCCUGUUACAUAUGAGUUUGGUCUUGGUUAGUUAUGAUUUCAACCAAAGUGUGUUACAACUUCUCCUUAUGUACAAUUAACAAGGUUAAAUGGUCAAAGAACUUGAAAGUUGCAAACAAUAAUCCAAAACUUGCUUUCAGUAGCUAGAAAUUUGGCAUGUUCCAUAGGUUUUCAGCGUUUGCUGCCUAUUUUUUGUGCUUGCCAGGUAAGUUUAAUAUGUUAAUAAUACUGAAUUUCAUCAAAAAAUCAUUCUUAAGUUAUUUAUAUGGAUAAUAAAAAGUGAAAAUUUUUCUUCUUAAAUAUGAACGGUAUAUUUAAAUUUGUACGUUAUGAUGAUCUUAUGUAAAAAAAGUAUUUAUAAACUAAUUAUAUGAAAUGUCUCAAACAAUAAUCAUCACAAAAAUUACUUUCAAAUUAUAUAUAAGCUAUUUAAAAGAGUGAAUCAUUUAAAUAUAUGAAUCAAUUGAUUAACAUAAAUUAUAGCAAAUGAAAUGAAAUUCAUCCUACCAACGGGUCGGGUAAAAGCUAGUGUUUAGUUUAAGGUUGAAAAAGUCAGACGAGAAUUAGAAUUAUUAUUAUUAUUAAAAAUCCAGAAGCGAAUCCUCUGUCGAAAAAACAAGUAAUAAAAUGGAAAAACAGGCAUUUUACACGAACCACAAGAGCGCUACCGCCAGCGAGCGGGCUGGAAUCAGUGUCUGUCGGCGGCGUCGGUCUGGCAAAUGGAAUCCAAGUCAAAUUUCGGUUCUUGACGAAACCCAAUAGGAAGCUUCCCCCGUCCGCGAUUCAGUUUUUUUCGACAUCCGUCGCUCUCACUCUCUGUUAUUUCUUCUUUUCGACGCCGGCCACGGAAUUCUAGCUCGAGGGCUCGACAGAUGGCGGUGAUUUGAGCCGCCGAUCUAGUGUGUUAUAAGAAUACCCUCAUCUUCCUCAGUUGGAUUACAUGGUCGAUUCCCGCCAAGAUCAGGAGCAGCAGGAGCCGCUUUUGCUUCCAUCUCCCGGAUUGUUGAUCAUGCCAGGUGAAACAAUGGAAGAAGAAGAAGAAUCAUCACCAGCAAAACCAGCCACGACAUGGAGGGGCAGAAUUUCAGAAUUCAAGGCCGAGUUCUGGCUAGCAUUCAACGCCAAGGCAGUAUCGCACUGGAUCCUUCUGUUUCUAAGCAGUCUCGCCAUGCUCGUGGCCUUCCCAGCUUCGAGCCUCUUAUCCCGUGUCUACUACUCCAAUGGCGGCACAAGCAAGUGGAUCAUCUCAUGGGUAGCAGUUGCCGGGUGGCCCUUGUCUGCCUUAAUCCUCCUCCCAACAUAUGUCAUCUGUAAAAAAUCGCCUACUCCCCUCACGUUCAAGCUCGUUGCAUCAUACAUUGUUCUCGGGUUCCUGAGUGGAGCAGACAAUCUCAUGUAUGCAUACGCCUACGCUUACCUCCCGGCUUCCACCUCUUCCCUCUUGGCUUCAUCGUCGCUCAUCUUCUCCACAUUGUGUGGCUACUUUAUAGUUAACAACAAGCUGAAUGCCUCCAUGAUCAACUCCAUUGUCGUGAUCACUGCUGCCAUGGCGAUCAUUGCCCUGGACUCGGACUCCGACAGGUAUGGGAAUGUAAGCGACAAGCAGUACAUCAUGGGGUUCAUAUGGGACAUCCUGGCAUCGGCUCUCCAUGGCCUGAUCUUUGCCCUCUCGGAGCUAGUCUUUGUCAAGCUCCUGGGACGGAGAUCCUUCCACGUUGUCUUGGAGCAGCAGGUGAUGGUGUCCUUCUUCGGCUUCUUGUUCACCUCAAUUGGAGUCAUUGCGAAUCAUGAUUUCGGAAAAAUGAGCUCCGAGGCUGUGAAGUUCAAGGGAGGCGAAAGUGCGUACAUUCUGGUACUGGUGUUUGGUGUGAUUACGUUCCAGGCCGGGAUCUUGGGUGGAACUGCUGUGCUGUUCUUGUCGAACACUGUGCUGGCUGGGGUGCUUAAUGCGAUCCGGGUGCCUCUCACCAGCAUUGCUGCAGUGAUCCUGCUGCACGAUCCAAUGAGCGGGUUCAAGAUUCUGUCUCUAGUGAUUACUUUCUGGGGAUUCUGUUCUUACAUCUAUGGAAGUCUGUCUUUCUCACCCAAGAAAGAAGCCAUUCCAUAGUGAUCCCUUUAGUCUAAGCCAUUAAUCAUUAUUGUUGCAUCUUUUAGUUUAUAUCAGCCCAUUGUAUCGUACAAAGGUAUUUGAACAUAUAGCCAUUGAACAACAGCAAUAUUUGGUUGGAAUGAAGCAGAAUACGCAGCUAUUAUGUAGUUUAACGUCGGCUUUCUUUGUCCACCUAUCUACAGAGAUGAACCGUACCAAAUCUCGUACUAGACUACUCGUGACUUACCACAAUUUAAUAACGAUUAUAUGACAUA